AGAAUCUCUCCCGCCACUGACAAGGAAGUUAUGUGUUCUAUGUAGAUGGGAUCCUCGAACAAAGAAGUAUCGAGAAACAUUUCCAAGUCCAACGGCCGUUCAGUUUUACGAUAAAAUCCGUAAGCUGGCGCUAGAGUUAUAAUUGAGCGGCGUUUCGAAAGUUCAGAAGUUUAUGCUAACAAUUUUGAGCUGUAGUCGGGGGCUUAGUAGAAGCUAUGACAGGUCAAUGACUUGUCACUUGUCAGUAAAUUGUUGUCGUCUGCUGAGUAUGCAUCGACUGACGACUCUUACUUGUCUGAGCACUUCUAAAAUUAUUUUCAAAAAUAUAAAUCUCUUCUUUUUUUCACUUUAUUUUUGAUUUCUAAUUCUCCCUACGUCAAAAUACAUAAUCGAGAUAUGACGUCCUGGAUUAAGAUGGAUGAAAGAUUGAAAUUAGGAUUAAAAGUAUUGGAACAAAUUGAAAAUAGUAAACUACGACUUUUGAUUAAUCGAAUUUGUCAAGCUCUUAAAAAUGGAGAUGAUAAAAACAUAUUCAGUAAAGAAGAAGAAGAAAAGCUUACAGUAUCACUCAAUCUUGAAAAAUCAGAUCUUCUUAUUCUCUUACAAUCAUUAGUUUCCAUCUACUCUCAAGCAGCUUUUCACAUGAUGAAAUCAAACGAUAUAGAAAAUUCAAUGAAAGAAUUUUUUUCAUUGAAUGAUGAUAAAAUUGCAAUAUUAACUCACGCCUGGAUAACACAUUGCGACACAAUCACAGAUGCAUUUAAAAAAAAAUCUAUUUUUCCUUGUCAAAUCAAAGAUGUUAGCUGGACUGUUGACGUUCAAACAUCUUCGACAGCAUUAGCUAAAGAUGCAACACCUGUAGCUAAGAUUCAAUUAAUUACAAAUAAACAAGACACAUCUAAAAUAACCGUUGAAAUGAAUAAAACACAACUGCUAGAUUUACAUAAAAAUUUGAAUGAUAUCCAUUUGAAGCUUGAAUCUUUAAGAAAAAAGGAUCAAACUUUGCAGUGAUUCAAUUAAACAAUACUGGUACUUUACCUCAUACCUAUGUUACAUUUGAAUGUACAAUUCUUC